AUGGAUGAGCGGGUCCUUCCUGAAGCAGACAUCGUCCUGGCCGUACUGCCCAAAACCCCUGCGACGGAGAACGUGUUCGACGACGUGCGCUUCAGCAAGUUCAAGAAAGGGGCGCUCUUCAUCAACAUCGGUCGGGGCUCCAGCGUGGAGGAAGCCGCGCUCCUGAAGCACCUUCAGGGCGGACGCCUCCGGGGGGCUGCGUUGGACGUCUUCCAGACUGAGCCCCUUCCACCGGAGUCUCCGUUCUGGCAAGAAGAUGUCCUUCCGGCUUCGCGGCUCCUUCUGACACCUCACAACGCAGAUAUCAGCCUCUCUAUGAACGAGGAGUCUGCGGAAUACUUCUGCAGAGUCGCUCGGCGUUUUGUCCUGGAGGGCAAAAUGCCGGACUACCUCGUGGACCUC